UAUAAACACCGUAAUAUUAACUAUUGACUUGUUAUUGUACGAGUGCGAAACAGAAUGUUAAAGCUCUGAAAUCAGGAGGCCGGGAUGUGAUAUACGUAUAACAUUCGAACUAAUAGAAAUAUGAAUAUUUCAUGUUGUGGUUUUCAAUGGAUAAGGUGAUAUGCAUUGAUGACAAUGCGAGGUAUUUUGUGGUCUGUUCUACAACUAUAUAUUAGUAACGUGCUGUAUACUGUUGGUCAACUCUCAAAAAGUGAACUAAUCAAGGAAAAUGAUACGUUCAUUCAGACGUGCCAUGAGAAGCGGCUCAUCCGGACGCUACUGGAUGAGUAUGAGGCUCGCGGCCGGAUGGGGCGGCCUAUCGACCUUGAGAACAGUACACUGGACGUAUACUUCGGCCUUACACUCAUUCAAAUACUCGACCUUGACGAACGCAACCAGGUCCUCUCUACAAACGUCUGGGCGGGCUAUUUGUGGAAGGACCUGUAUUUACGCUGGGACCCCGAGUUGUUCGGUAACAUCAGCAAAGUGAGGGUACCAGCUUCCGCUGUCUGGCUUCCAGACAUAAAACUAUAUAACUACGCUGAUGUGAGGCUGGAGGAGCGCCGGGACGCAUUUGUGGUCCUCCAGCACGACGGCAAUGUGCAAUGGCUGCCCCAAGCCAUCUUCAAGUCCUCCUGCUCAAUCAACAUCCAGUAUUUUCCAUUUGACCGCCAAAUCUGUAAGAUGAAGUUUGGAUCUUGGACGUAUGACGGCAGUAAAAUUAACUUGGAACUUCUACAUGACAAUAAAGAAGGGUUCGACCUGACUGAAUAUAUUGAAAGCAACGAAUGGACAAUUGUGUCAUCGGCGGCGAUUAGAAAUGUGAUAAAAUACCUAUGUUGCCCAGGUGAACCUUUCGUGGACAUAACGUUUCAGCUGGAAAUACGACGACAACCUGCAUUCUACAACUACAUUCUCAUCCUACCCUGUAUAUUGCUGUCAUCGCUUACGUUAGUUCUUUUUUGGCUACCACCGGAGUCGCCAGCAAAGAUGCAAUUAGGUAUGAACAUAUUCGUUGCGUUCUUCGUGCUGCUGCUUCUGCUGGCUGAAUCCACACCGCCGGCCUCCUCUUCGAUACCGCUUAUUGGUGCUUACUAUUGCCUGAACAUGAUCCUGAUCACACUGUCCGCCUUCCUGUCUGUGAUCGUCGUCAAUCUCUAUUUUCAUGGCCACAGGUCCGAAGUGCCCUGGAUUGUUGAAAAGAUCGUAAUAGACGUUCUUGCACGGCUGUUCUGCAUGAGGAGCCACGUGCGGAGUGCUAAGGACAAGCACCCGGAAGAUCGAAAGUAUCAGGGGCUGCCCCAUGAAACGGAGUGCCACCUCUCCAACAACGUCCACAACGCAAACGAGUUGAAUCACAUUCACGAGUCCGUACUGGAUGAUGAGCGGCGCGCCUUUAGCCGCCUGGCGGACAAAUGUGAGCGGCCGGCGGAGGUGCGCUGGCUGGAUGACAUAUCACGUAAUAUACAUGACAUUAAGAGUCACAGUGCCUAUAUGAUGGGGAAGCAGCUAAAAGUAGAGAGACAGAACAAGAUCACUCAGGACUGGAAGCUCGUUGCGAUCGUGCUUGACAGGUUCUUCUUCUUUGUGUAUCUGAUUAUCCUUAUAGUGUCCGUAUCAACUUCAUUUGACUUUGUGCUUUUUGGCAAAGAUGGCAACAGCAGCUCAGAUUAAUGACGUGUUCAAUUUAUCAAUUUGGAAAGACUCGCAUCACAAUACAUUAUGGAUAAUAUAAUACUUUUUACACAUACGAGCUUUGAAUAAGUUUGAAAGUAACUAAGACAGCUAAAGCAGUCAAAAUAAGGGUUGUGAAGUGAUUUUUUAUAAUAAAUUGUCAUAAACAUUUAAACGUAUAUAUCAUAAAUGUGAAUCCUGUUUUACAGAGCAUAAAAGUGAUAAACUCGUUAGGUAGAAAUAAAUAAACUUAUUUACGCGUAUUAUUUUUUUUUCUGAAAAAAUGUUUUAUUAUUUGAUAUUUUCUUACAAUAAUGUAUUCUUACGCGCCUUAGAAUUUAAAACAUUCGUCAGUUCAUAAAGCAUUAUUCUUGUAUACUUGGAAACUGUACAGUACAUGUUUUGUUCUUUGCAUUACAUGACAUUUUAAGAACAGUGCCGUCACGCAUGGUUCUAGUUAACAAGAUAUAUUGUAAUGUUAUUAAUGCGAUGAUUUCAUAUUGGCACAGUUAUUUGUCCAAGGUUAGCUGUAUUUGCCUGAAACCGAAAGGUGAAGGCAAAUACUGCUGACCGAGGACAAAUAACUCGGCCAGUAUGAAAACGCCUAAUAAUAUUUUAUUUAUAAACUGUAACGUAUGCUAUGACAUUUUGAAUAAAACAUUCUAAUAACUUACCUUAAGUUUAUAAUGAAGCUUAUUUAUCCCUUAUUCGUUCAUGGUGUUUGCUGUAAUAUACUGGAAUUGGCUGAUUAUACCAUGCAUCCUUUUAGUGACAUUGCACAUUCUUAUAAAUAAAGCACUGUACAGCCUAAGGAAGCAUGUCUUUUUAUAUCGUAGAUCGUUUGCCAAAUUUUUCAUCUUUCCUCUGCCAUCUUUUCGGUUUUCAAAACGAUAAUUAUCGUAAAAUCCACCAACAUGUUAAAUACAACUGUAUUAUCAAACCAUACAAAUUGGUUGAAGUAUUUAAUAGGCUAGUCAUUCCAAAUAUUUUUAAACGAGGCACACACACAAUUUUCAAAACAGUCGAUAACACGGAAAACAAAAUGGCUGCCUUUUUAAAUUAAUUUCCAACAUAUUUCUCAUAUAAGGGCGAGUUUCGACAGCCAAUGAAAAUGGUCCAUUUCUGUAAUCAUGUAUUUGGCAAGUUGUGUAGCCAAUCAAAACGUCGAAAACUCAGUUUGGUGGACUUUGGUCGAUAUUGGGCGAGUUUUGGCAUAUAUUUUCGUCAAUUGUCUAGUAUUAGUGUUAUGAGUGCCCCUGUAUCGCAUCAAAUACGUACUAGUUGAUUAAUACUAACUGAUACAAAAGCAUUAAAUCAUACGGUUUCCGAAAAGCUUGAUAUCAUACGGUUUCUGCAAUGAGCAUCAUGCAGUAUAGUCUCGUUAAUGUAGAUACAUAGAAGUCCCUUCAUUGAGUUGUAAAGCACAUUUAUCUAUAUUAUGUUGGUUUUUUUUUUCCAUUUUUCACGUGUUUGUUUGAUUUAUCUUCAACAUACUUUAUACAGAUGCUUCUGUACAUAUUUACUAUUUUCGUGCUAUAACCAUCAUUAACAUUGAUUAUUAUUUUGUAUAUAUCUAUGCAACACAUCGCCUUGUAAAUCUGUAUAUUUUGCCAUAGUUUAAAAACAUCCAAUGUUUCAAUCAGCUGUUGAACGUAGUGAUUUGUCUCUGUUGCAGAUCGUGAAUAAAAAUUAAAAAAAUA